AUAAGGGGGGAGUACACUGAAAUAUUAAGAUCAUUGGAUGAAUUUAAAAAUGAUCGGUCAUUUAUCUGUUGGUCUGUGUAUUUAUCAGUCAAAUCUGUUGGGAUUAAAUCAGUUAUGUUGGAAUACGACUUUAGAUUCACCCUUGUUUUUAUGAAGAAGUUACUUGGGCUCUUAGAACCUGCCGAUUCAGCUUUACAAGCUCGUACAAUUAGUCUAAAGGAAGCCAAUGAAAUUAUUAAGUCAGUAAAAAAUAAAAUUCGAGAUCUAAGAACAAAUGAGACUUAUCAAAGUUUAGCCAAUGAAGCUUCACAACUUUUAAAGGAUACGGAAGCAAUACCAACUGAAAAGAGAGUACCAAAGUUAAGCGUAACUAUGAAGGAAUAUCUGGUAAUGGAAAAACUGCCGUCUGAAAUGUCUAAUAAACCAAAUGCCAGUAAAAGUUGCACUGAAGCCGAAUUUUUUGAGUCCUUGGACCUUGUAUUAUCCCUAUUAAACGAGAGGUUCUCUGACAAUGAUGAACUAAUUAAUGCAAUAAGUAGCAUUGAGCUUUUUGAUCUGGAGAAAAUCAAAUAUCUGGAAAAGUUGGGGAUUUCACUACCAACUCUGGAGGAGUUGGCAGUAGUCAAGGAUUACAUGCACAAUAAACCAAAGUCAGAUAUUUUUGCUGAAUUAUAUAAACAAAGGGAAGUAUUUAAAAAUACAUACGCCCUGUUUGCGACAGUAUAUACCCUUGGGUGUAGUACUGCAAUAUUCUAA